AUGUCGAUGUCCAGUCCUUCUAUCAUCUUAUAUCAGGGCUUGAGAUGUACCAAAGUGCCCAGAAGUUCAAUUGCAGCGGCAUCAGUGCCUGCCGUUGUGCCAGAGCCUACACCAUUCCUGCCAGUCUCAGUACAACGCCCAGAACCCGUGACGACGACUCUACUAUCCAGUACGGAAACCGCUGAUACAGUGUCGCUAUCAUCUCUUAUCGCCGUCGCUCCUUCAGAUGUCCAAUUAGUACCCCUCCCAACUACUUCCUCUCUCUCGGAACCUCCACAAAAUCCCGAGAGCAACACGGACAUACACACAUCCGUUGCAUCUCCUACCUCUCACAAUCAGACAUCUGGCCUUCCACCGACUGAUCUGUCGACUGAACCGGCGAGCUCCGAAGUCCUGACGACGUCUACGGCGCAGACGAAGUUUAUGGUCGAGACACCCACAAGGAAUACAGUCACCGCAGCAUUUCCUUCCGCGACAAACCCUUUGCAGAACUUUUCAGAUCGCGCAUCCGAAGACGUGAACCGUCAUACGCUUCGAACGAUUUUGGGGAGCAUCUUCGGUACCGUGGGCUUGAUCGCCCUCAUACUCCUGAUGUGCUUUCUGAUCUAUCGUUAUAGACGGCGAAAACCGCGCGACGGUCGAAGUUUCGGCGGGAGCGAGAAACUGCUGCGCAAUGGUCGGCACUCCGCAGACUCCUGGGCAAGCUCCCAGCAUGCCUUUUUAUCCAGGACAUCAUCUCUUUCGGAUGCCACUUCUGCACCGAACCACCAUCAUGUGCCGGGUCCGAACAUGGGUUCCAGCUAUGCUCAUGUCAGAAAGGGCUCAUCUCAUCUCUCGGAGCCCAAUCCAAACCCAUCAGAGGUAUCUCUUGGCAUGCGGCCACACAUACGCGACGCUAUUAGUGGAACACAAGUGCACUCGACACGAGGCGACCAACCUUUUUGUCCCGAUGCUUCAACCCUCGCGGGGUCGCAUUCCCCUUCAUACGCGAAAUCAAUCUCGCCAGGCAUACAAAUAAACCAGGACCAGCACUCCAUUUACAGCAGUGAACGCAGCUUAGGAAGUACCAUCGUUCUCCCAGGGCGAAGUAGCUUUGGCAGCAGCGUGCAAAGGGCGAGCUAUCCGAUAUCCAUAUCGGAUCUCGGGCCGCCUGGACCCAAUGACUCCGUGACAAGAGUCAGUACCCGGAGCGACCCGUUUGACUUGGAAGUCCCUCCAAACGCGACGCACAAGCGCAGCUCUGGCGCACUUCCCCGGGGUUGA